ACGCGCUCCCCUCUGCAGAGGAUGAUGAUGAUGAAGAUGAUUCCUCUUCGGAGGAGAAGGAGGCAGAUAACACCAAGCCGAACCGUACGUGCGAGAUGGAGGCCAUCGCUCCCUACUGGACCUAUCCAGAGAAGAUGGAGAAGAAGCUCCAUGCCGUCCCCGCCGCCAAAACGGUGAAGUUCAAGUGUCCGUCGAGCGGGACGCCCAACCCCACCCUGCGCUGGCUGAAGAACGGCAAAGAGUUCAAACCCGACCACCGCAUCGGGGGCUACAAGGUCCGCUACGCGACCUGGAGCAUCAUCAUGGACUCGGUGGUGCCGUCUGACAAGGGCAACUACACGUGCAUCGUGGAGAACAAAUACGGGAGCAUCAACCACACCUACCAGCUGGAUGUCGUGGAGCGGUCCCCGCACCGGCGCUCUGUGCGCGCGGGGCUACCUGCCAACAAGACGGUGGCCCUGGGCAGCAACGUGGAGUUUGUCUGCAAGGUCUACAGCGACCCGCAGCCCCACAUCCAGUGGCUGAAGCACAUCGAGGUGGACGGCAGCCAGAUCG